AUGGCGUCUCUCAGCCGGUUGUUUACGCUGGCUUUGUGGAUCGGUCUCCUGACGCCCAUCUACAUGUUCCUUGAAAAGAACCUGGAGAAGUUCUACAUCUUCGACCACGAGCACCUGCACGACCUCUCCAAGCGCGCCAUCGCCGCGCACGGCAACGACACCCGGUCUGUCGUCAACUACAUUGUGACCGAGCUCAACGGCAUCGUCCCCAAGCACGUCAACCUUGACGAGGAAUGGGUCUUUAACAACGCCGGCGGUGCUAUGGGCGCCAUGUACAUCAUCCACGCCAGUAAGCUUCGUCGCAUCUUCGUCGUCUUCUUCAAACGUGACAUACUUACACGUCCUCUUCUAGGCAUUACCGAGUACCUCAUCGUCUUCGGCACCGCCAUCGGAACCGAGGGCCACUCUGGCCGCCACACCGCCGACGACUACUUCAACAUCCUCUACGGCACCCAGCUUGCCUACGUCCCCGGCGCCUACGAGGCCGAGGUCUACCCCCAGGGCAGCGUCCACCACCUGCACCGCGGCGACGUCAAGCAGUACAAGAUGGACGAGGGCUGCUUUGCCCUCGAGUACGCCCGCGGCUGGAUCCCCCCUAUGCUCUUCUUUGGCUUCGCCGAUGGUCUGUCUAGCACCCUCGACUUCCCUACCCUGUGGACGACGACGCGCAUUACUGGCCGUGAGAUGAUUGCCAACUUGCUCAAGGGCAAGUUUUAA